AUGACGGUUAUCAAUUCGUUACCGAAUGAAUGCCUUCAAGAAAUAUUCGAACAUGUUAGCAACCAAGGACCCGGAUUAUUUUCAAGCCUUUUGGUUAAUAAAAUAUGGUGCAUGAAUGUCGUAUAUGUGUUAUGGAGUAGACCGUUCGAAAAGAAAUACAAGUUUGUAAAAACACCAAUCAUCAUUCAAACAUAUUUGAGAUUCCUAAGCAUAGAAGAUAGAAAAGAAAUUGAAACUCUAAUCAAUAAAGACACUCAUAGCGAGAGUGACGGAGGAGGAGAAGAUGGAGAAUUAACAAGAAAACCAUUGUUUGAUUACCCAAAAUAUUUAAAAGAACUUGAUUUUCAAGUCUUCGUCCACAAAAUUGUUGAAUGGGCCGGAACUAAAAACAAAAAACUUAGAAAUCAAGAUAACUACAAUGAUAUCAUAAGUCUGAUUAUCGACCAAUUAAUCAGAUUGUUUUCUAGAAAAUCUAACAAUUUAGAUUAUUUAAGUUAUUGCGCUUCAAGGAGUUGGUCAAAAGCACCAAAUUUUGAGUUUCUUAAUGAUGAUAAUAAUAAUAGCAUAAGUAGCAUUAACAAUGAAGGAAAUGUAAAUUUUCUAAUUAAUUUGACACAAUUUCAAUUUCAUAUCUGGAAUUUAAAUGAUGAUGAUGAUGGAAACAUUGUAAAAUUUGUCAAUUUGGUCGGUUCAUCUAGUAAGAAAAUAAGAAAGUUGGAUAUUUCUUAUGGAGAUGACAAAGAAGAAAAUAUAACAAAUUCAAUCGUUGAAUUGAUCAAAAAGCAAAGAAACCUUUAUGAUAUCUUAAUAAAACGUCACUCUAAUAACAUAUCAUCGCUGAUUAAAGCUUUAGAAUGUCAGUCAAAUAGUUUAAGAUCUUUAUCUAUAAAAGAUGCAAUAUUCGAUAUUGAAGAUUUCAAAAUUUUAUCUAAAUUCAGAAACAUUUAUCAACUUGCCAUGGAAAAUUGUGCACCAUCAUCAAAAGAUUUCAAAAAUAAAGAAUUUAAAAUUAUUGGCAUUUUAACACCAUGUUAUCCAAUAGUGAUUAGAGUAUUAAAUAAUUUUAAAAAUUCACUAAAAAAGCUUUCAUUAAGAUUUGAUAGUAAUCCAAUGGAGGAGGUUAAUCUCAUAAAUUUAUUAAAAAACAACUUGCCACUGAAUUUAGAAUAUCUAAGAUUAGUAAUUAAUAAUGAAGGUGAUUUGAAGGAACUCUCCGAUUUAUUAUCAUCCAAUGAGAUUGCGUCUUUAAAUACUCUAAUUAUUCAGAAUAAUAACCAUAAACACGAGACUGAAAUAUUAAAAAUCAUUUUAAAUUUCGUAAAUAAUAAUAAAAUUUCUACUUUGAAAACCUUGGGAAUGAAUUACAAAAAGAGAGAUAAUGAGAAAGAAGCAAUAGAAUUAAAUAGAAAAUUGGUCGAAGAUUAUAAAAUCCAAAUUUAUCAUAUUGAGGAUUUAAAAACUUGGUUUUAA